AUGGCGCUUCCACUCCUUUGCUUUCGUCACAGUGUGGAGAGAUUCCGCGUUCAGUUACUCCGCCCUUGCAUCCUGAAUGUUCCUUAUAAUUCAUUUCUUCCCAAUCCACCCCAAUGCAAUCUCUCGAGGCCGCAGCAACAACACCUUCUCUUCCCUCUCUGCUUACAUCUCUCUACUCGGGGGUUCUCAAAUGCAGAAUCACCGCACCGCCACUCCUCCUCACUGGCUGAUAAGGAAAAGAGAACCCAAAGCCCUGCAGAUGAAGCACUGACAGAUAUCCUAGAAGAGGAGACUUCAAGCGCUGAUGCAGAUGAUCAGCACCGAGCAGAACGGCGUACAGACACAGAAUCAAAAGAAGAAAAACAAGAAGGAGAAGAUGCAGACUUCGAUUAUAUUUCUGCUGGCGACCUCAGCGACUGCCCCCCGGCCCUCCAGGAGUUUGUCUUCACAAACCCUCAUCCUUUCCCCUUUACCGUCGACCCCGAGGAUUUAACCCCAGGCCAGAUCAAAGCAGUAGUUAACACUUUGCUCAACAGAAAAAACGGCAACCCCGCAGCAGCAGCAGGAGCAACAGCAAAAGCAGCAGCAGAAUCAGGAACAGGAGCAACAGGAGCAGCAGGCAACGGCAAUGGGGUGUAUACUGAGGCUUCUCGCUGGUGUUCUGAAUCGGGUUUAGAGCUGCAUGCAGGGGAGGAGGAGAAGUGGCUGCAGUAUCCCGAGCCCAACGUUCUUUGGCCUAACCCUUUGCUGCACAAUCACCGCCUCCAGCCGUUCACUUGCAGCGUCUCCUCAGCAUCCGACUCUGAAGAGAAGGCAGAGCAAGCAACAUCUGCUGCUGCUCCUGCUGCUGCUGCUGAGAAGGAGGAGGAGGAGGAGGUGUUGAGCUGUGCUUCGCGUGUGAAUAAACUUCAGCUUCGACUCAAUCGCCUUCGGCUAGAAGAGCUAUGGAAGUAUGCUGGGGUGUACGGGGCGUCUUGGGAUGAGUUAGAGGAGGUGUAUAUACACUUCCUGCAGCAGCAGCAGCAGCGGCAGCAGCAGUGGGACAGCAGGAAGCAGCAGAUAUUGGAGUAUGCUGGUGUUGUAUGUACACGAAGGCUGCGUGCAAAAAGAAAAGAAUAUUUAAAAGAGGUUGGGGUUGAUAUUAAAGAUCUAGACCCGGAUAUAGUUGAAGAUAUUCUUCGUCCGCGUUCUCUUUUCAGAAGAAUGACGCGCAAGUUAUAUUAUAAGUGGCAUGACGCAUACUUCGCCCCGUGGAGGGCCGGGGGCCUUCAAUCAGUUCUUAAAGCAUUUCUAACUCUCCGUAUGCUGCAGCGGGAGACAAACGAGCGUUUUCUGCAUUUGCAGAAGAGUGUUGUUGAUUCAGAGGUUGGGGCUUUUGCUGCAGGGCCGCAUGCAAAGAGGACCUCAAGAGACACCUCAAAGGCUUCGCAUGCAGCAGCAGCAGCAACAGCAGCGGCGGCACAAGCAGAAGCAAACCAUCAAUCUUCGAUGCAACUUGAAGCAAAACUUCAACGCAUUUUAAUGCGUAAAUAUAACAGAGUCCCCGUCGGCAGCAAACGACCGCCGCAGCAAACAAAAAACAUCAAAACAGAAACGCAGUGCAUGCAAACGGAGAAAGCCCCACUGCAUGCGGAUGAAUCCACGCAUGCAGAUGAAUCUAUGCAUGCAGAUAGCUCUGUGCAUGCAGAUGAACCUAUGCAUGCAAAUACCUCUACGCAUGCAGCAGCAGCAGCAGCAGCAGCAGCAGCAGGAGAGAAUAAGUCUGAGGCAGCACAGACAGCAGAAGGCAUUUGGGACUUCACCGGCGUCGGCCGCCCCGGCCAGCGCAGCAAACAAAUUUGA